AUGGUGCCGGGAAUGUUCGAAGAAGCGGACGAAUACACUGAUGAUGAUCGUCCUUCCAGCCCUUCGGACGUCGAAUCAAAUGAUGUGUUCGUCGAACCUGAUCGUUCGACGAAGGGGAAAGGAAAGGAGAGAACCACUACCCGGCUUGAAAAGGCGAAGAAGGGGAAGACCGUGGAAAAGAAGCGAAAACGUGCGGUGGAAGAUGAGCAGGAAGAGCAGGAAGUGCAGGAAGAGGUUCCACGGAUUUUGCGUUCCCGACGGUCGAAAGCAAUCCUUCGAUCGUCCUUGGUAACGCCGCCCAGCGAAGAAGAGGGAGAAGAGUGGGAACCCGAUUUCGAGACUUCCGGGGACGAACAUGAGGAGCACGCGGGUCCGUUGACUAGGGCGGCAAAAAGGAGUAGGAUGGAGAGGAGUAAGAAGAGAGGGAGAAAGUGA